UCUCCCCCCGUCCCUAAGCUGCACAGCUCCUUACAACCCUGCUGAGCCGGUCUAACGGAGAGAGCAAGAGAGCGUGCGUGUCUGUGUGUGAGAGACACAGAGAGGCAGCCGAGAUGAGAGUGUGAAGCACUGAGAGGGAAAACCUAGAUAGAACAGCAAAGGCGAUCAAAAAGCGGGGAGCAAGACAGCGAACACAGCAAAAAGGCAGAGCAGAGUAGAAGAAAGAGAACAGAAGAGGGGAGGGAGAUAAAGUGUAAUGUCGAUGUACUAUCUUUGAUAGUCAUAGUGCCAAAGUCAAGAGAUGCAAUGACUAGAUGACCAGCCCCUACACACACCAGCAUCCUGUCCUGGAGCCUUGACAGGAGGGGGACAAGAAAAAUCCACACACACACAAAGGCAAAACACUCUCUUCACCCAUUCCCACAUCCACUGGAUCAUGUCGUCGACUGGAUCAACCAACCACAACAAGCGUCUGGCAUCGGAGACAGACAACUCUCAGAGGGUGUUGGACAAUGAUUGCACCCAGCACCUGAAGCUGAGGGAGAGACAGCGCUUUUUUGAAGAGGUCUAUCAGCAUGAUGUGGACAACUACCUGCCCUCUGCCCACCUGCAGAUUGACUGCAGGAAACCCCCCAUGGGAAGUAUCUCUUCUAUGGAGGUGAAUGUGGACGUCCUGGAGCAGAUGGACCUGAUGGACAUCUCUGACCAGGAGGCCCUCGACGUGUUUCUCAACUCAGGCUCAGGAGCAGAUGAGGGAGCGCUGGCAUCUCCACUACCAGAGGGUGAGGACGAAGAAGAAGAUGAGGAGGAUGAAGAUGCAGAGGUUGUCUACAGGGAGCGUGCACCUUUGAAACGGCAAAAUGAAGUUCACUCAAAGUCUCGCAUGUCUUCCACAUCAUCUGGUUCCAGUAAUACCAGCGGGGGUGGAGUUGACACACCUGUGAUCCAGUCGGAUGAUGAAGAAGUUCAUGCCGACACUCUGCUGCUGACCUCUGUUCCCCAUACCAAGGAUGAAGAAACAGAGGAGGAAUACGAGGAGGAAAGAUGCCUUGCAACUAAAUCUUCAUAAAGACUGAAUUUUACUCUCUAUAGAGAUACAUGAAGGGAUAAGAGUCUGAGAUCGCUCCCUCUACAUUUGCAUUCCUCUUUACAACUAGACACAUUCUCUAUUUUUCCUAGUAACUGUUAAAAAACUAUUUAAUUGUUUGUUGAAACUCUUGGCAAUGUCAGUUUUCUGACAUUCAUAAAAAGUGAUGAGUCAUCCCACUCCCACGCACUAACAUGUUCUGGCUGAGAUGGAAUGUCAGUCCCAAGUUUUGUUCCUCUUACUGCCAGAGGGAAACCUCUCUCAUGCCCGUUUUGUGUCUUGAAAGUACAGGUGCCGAACAGCCAUGUGAAAACAGGAAGGCUGUAGUGCAUCUUUGCUUUACAGGCUUUCUGGGUAAAACACAAGUAAAAGAACAGACACAGAAUAAAGUCAUAUUCAGUGACCAAAUAAAGACAAAUACAAAGAAAAGGUUAUUCCAAUGCAAUCUGUAAAAACUAAUUAAAGCGUUUUAACUUUUUCUGCACCUGAACUCUGACUACCUUGGAUUUUCCUCUUCUUCAUUGCCAUUUAGAUUACAGUAGAUAGCACCCCUCUCAUAGGAGUUACCAGACCUCCUCGUGAAUAUAACAUCUGCACUGGGGCAUGGCUCACAUCAAACUGUAGUGAGCUAUUUAGCCUAUUGUUCCAUGAUCAUGGUUCCAUGCUUGCUGUGACAAUUAAAAACAUUAAGACUUCAGACUGACAGCUGUCAAGUGCAUGGCUUAAAGGGCGCUCUGACUGGACUGAGUUCAAAGGCACAAAGAUGCAGUUUAAUUGCAGGGUUCAUGCAUCUUCUUUUUGUGGUUUCAGAAGAUCAACAGCAGAAAUGAGGCACAGUGAACAAAAGCCAACCAAAAGUAUAUUUCUUUGACAACGUUAUCAUGAACCUAUUGCCGUGUGCAUGUGCAAACUAUUUACAGUAUCAUGAAUGGAACUGUGUUUGUAAAUGCAUGCCAUUUUGUUCUUGUUAGUGACUACUUUAUGUUUUCAAUUAUGUAACUACACCGUAACACCUGUACUCAAUACAAAUCUCCAUGUGAGAUGUCAUUUGAGAGUUGGAUAUGUAUGACUAUUUGGAGAGUGAGGGAUUCAGCUGACAAAUAUUUGUUUGUUUAUGCAUUGCGUAUAAUACAUGUCUGUUUGUGUGGGUGUGUGACUAUGUGGGUGUGUCUGUGAAGUUGUGAAUGCUAAACAUUCAUAAUCAGCUAUUACCGCUGGUUGAGCCUACUGCUACUUUCAAAACAACAUUUUUACAGUGUUAGUCAUGAUGUGUAUAUCUUUGCUGUUUGAACAUCUUGCUAUGAACUACAUAAAAAUGAAACAGAGGUUAAAACCAUUAAAUUUCCAUUUGCCUGUGUUGUCUGUCA